AUGCCUCGUGAGGACCCGGAGAAGACGAAUCCACAGCCCUUCCAGGAAUCCGAGUCCGAAAUUAUUUUCCCGGAGGUUUUUCCAGACACAGGUCCACCGGCUCCUGAUAAACCAAAUAGCCGAGAGACUGACGCCAGCGCCGGGGCUCCCGAUAAACCAACUAGCCGAGAGACUGACGCCAGCGCCGGGAGCAGCUCUCGGGAGGUUCGUUCCAUUUCAAACUGGGAAGAGUACGAAUCUCCAGAGCUAUACCAUUGGGAACCUCAAGGACCGCAAACGGCUGCUUCCACAGGGCUGAGACUCAGAAUUCCUGCUUUUGGCAGGGACCUGCACCUCAUCCUGAAGAGAGACACUCGGUUUCUGUCCCAGAAAUUCAUGGUGGAGAGGAGACAGAAAGCACAAAAGGCAUCUCGGAGCGGUAUGCCAGUUUCGUCCGCUGCCAACACAGAAGAGAGAGGAUGCUAUUACAGCGGAACUGUUCUCAAUUACGCAGGAUCCAUUGCCUCAUUCAGCACCUGCGCAGGACUGAUGGGCUUCAUUCAACUCAAUGGAGACUUCCUCUACAUCGAGCCUGUCAAUAGAACGCUGGCCGUCGCGGGACAGGCCCACCGCGUGACCAGGAGGAAGCGCUCCACCACCGAGGAGAAACAGACAGACAAGCAGACGACAGACAAACAGACAAGCGGCAACUACUGUGGAGUCAUUCCAGAAAGACAGAAGAGUAAGACCAGGAAAGCGUCUGAGGGAGGCAGAGGGAAACGGUACUCGUAUAAACUACUCCACGAGUACAACGUGGAGACUGUGGUGGUGGCCGACCCAGCCAUGGUCAGCUACCACGGCUCAGAGGCAGCCAAACGAUUCAUCCUCACCAUCAUGAAUAUGGUUUUCAACUUGUUUCAACACAAGAGCCUGGGAAUACAGAUUAAUAUCCGAUUGACUAAACUUGUACUGCUUCACGAAACACCAUCAGACAUGUACAUUGGUCACCAUGGUGAGAAGAUGCUGGAGAGUUUCUGUCGUUGGCAGCAGGAGGAGUAUGGGAAGAAAAGCGUGAUGUCAGACUUUAGCACUCGGUGGAGGGAGGACUUACCCUCCGUGGACACGGCCAUUCUAAUCACACGGAAGGAUUUCUGCGUGCAUAAAGAUGAACCCUGUGACACUGUAGGCAUUGCCUACCUGAGCGGCAUGUGCAGCGAGAGAAGGAAAUGCAUCCUUGCUGAGGACAACGGCCUCAACCUGGCCUUUACCAUCGCUCACGAAAUGGGCCACAACAUGGGUGUGAGUCACGACAACGACCACCAGUCAUGUGCGGACGGCCUCCACAUCAUGUCGGGAGAAUGGGUCAAAGGUCAGAACCUGGGCGAUGUUUCCUGGUCCGGCUGUAGCCGUGACGACGUGGAGAAGUUCCUCCGGUCCAAGGCCAGUAGUUGUCUCCUCCAGACCGACCCGCUGAGCUUGAACUCAGUGAUCCUGCCAUUCAAACACCCAGGGAUGACCUACACGGCAGAUGAACAGUGUCAGAUCCUCUUCGGAGCCACCGCCUCCCACUGUCAGAACAUGCAGUAUGUGAUGUGUUCAGGGCUGUGGUGCCGGGUGGAUGGAGAGAAGGACUGUAAAACCAAACUGGACCCACCCAUGGAUGGCACAGAGUGUGACCCUGGAAAGUGGUGUCGUGCUGGGGAGUGUGUGAGCAGAGCGGUGCCAGUGGAGCAAGCCAUGGGGGAGUGGAGCACCUGGGGGUCCUGGGGAACCUGCAGUCCAACCUGCAGCACUGGCAUCAGUGGACGCCAGCGCAAGUGUGAGAGUCCCAGUGGGAAAAGCCGGGACUGUGUCGGCUCCAGGAUGCAGUACAGGCUGUGUGAGAACCUACCCUGCCCUGCCGGGAGCCCCAGCUUCAGAGACCAACAGUGCCAGACCUUCAAUCGCCCCUCCCUACACUGGCACUCCGUCAUGGAUGAUGAGAGGCCAUGUACACUGUUCUGUUCCUCCACAGGGAAAGAGCAACCCCGCCUCCUGGCUGAGAAGGUGCUGGAUGGAACCUCCUGCGGCUCUCAGGAGUCUGGCCUAUGUGCCAAUGGGACAUGUCAGAAAGUGGGCUGUGACCGGAUCCUGAGUUCGAUGGCAAGAGAGGACCACUGUGGGAUGUGUAACGGCAAUGGCAAGUCUUGUAAGGUCAUCAAGGGGGACUUCAACCACACCAAAGGAGCAGGCUAUGUGGAAGCUGUGAUCAUCCCCAAAGGGGCCAGGAGAAUCAGAGUGGUGGAGGAAAAGCCUGCACAGAGUUAUUUGGCACUCAAAGACACAAACAAGCAUUCCAUCAACAGCGACUGGAAGAUAGACCGCCCAGGAGCCUUCAACAUGGCGGGCACCACCGUUCACUACGUCCGGAGAGGACUGUGGGAGAAAAUGUCAGCCAGAGGUCCCACUACCUCUCCGCUGCAUCUCAUGACCCACACCCCACACAUAACCCCCUCUAAACCCACACUAGACCCCACCCCCACACUAGACCCCCACACCACACUAGAGCCCCAACCCACACUAGAGCCCCUCUAG